AGUUUUGGCGGAGCGGAAGCUGUCUGGAAAAGCGCGCCAAGAGCUAGUUAGCUUGGAUGGCUCUGUUGAUGAACUCGGCAACCUACUCUUCUACUGUCGCUACAACACGUCGAACGCAACACAACAAUUGUCUGCGACCAUGAUGAAUGUACGGAAUACUGUGGACAGGCUGGACAAGCCUAGCGCGUAUUAUCUAGGAAAGAACAGGAAGCGCAAGUUCAGCCAUGACCGAGAUGAGAACGAGAACCAGCCUGCUGAGGAUCCUCUUGACCCUUUGAGGAACGCCACCACUCUUUAUGUUGGAAACCUGUCUUUCUACACCACAGAGGAGCAGAUCCACGAGCUCUUUGCAAAGUGUGGUGAGAUUAAGCGUCUCGUCAUGGGCCUGGACCGGUUUUCGAAGACUCCUUGCGGUUUCUGCUUUGUCGAAUACUACACCCACGAAGAUGCCCUUGAUUGCUUAAAAUACAUUGGUGGAACCAAGCUGGAUGAGAGAAUUAUCAGAACAGACCUUGACCCCGGCUUCCAAGAAGGAAGGCAGUACGGCCGAGGCAAAUCUGGCGGACAGGUUCGCGACGAAUAUAGAGAUGAAUAUGACCCGGGACGUGGAGGCUAUGGCCGCGCAAUGGCGGAGCAGCGCAGAAAAGAGGAAGAAGAGUACGGGAAAGGUAGGUAAUUUGGUUUGUUGAUCUAGGCGUAUACACGGCGUUGGAUGGGAAUCCUUGUUCUAUGGUAUGGUGCA